CCAUAUCAUAAGUCGCUGAUACUUCAACAAAAAAUCACCAACCAAGCUCUCCCAAGAACUUUCCCAACAUGAUGCACAUCAAGUACUUGUUCGCCUUCUUCGCUGUCCUGAUGCUGGUUGUCCUGGGAGCCAACGAGGCCGACGCCGACUGUCUUUCCGGAAGGUACAAGGGUCCUUGUGCCGUCUGGGACAACGAAACCUGCCGUCGUGUCUGCAAGGAGGAAGGACGCUCUAGUGGCCACUGCAGCCCCAGCUUGAAGUGCUGGUGCGAAGGAUGCUAAAGCAUCAGAGCUCUCUAAUAUCAAUUUAAAAUCUCUAAUAUUGUUAUUAUUAUGCCCACUAUGAAUAUCUAAUAAAAAUUAAUGUACAUUAAA